GAUAAGAGAGCUUAGGUCUCGCCUACUUUGUAAGGCGAUCAAUCGGAUCUCAGGCGUCCUCCAAGCACUCUCUUACGUAGACAACAUCCAUAAGGAGAAAGAAUUGACACAACACAAGGCUGAUCAGAUCAUCAGUUUUUUACCUGCUUGGUCGCUGAACCAUGUCGUUGAGCCCAAAGCAUACUACACCUUUUUCAGUGACCGACAUCCUGAGUCCCAUUGAAGAGACCUACAAGAAGUUUGCUGGCAUGGACAACACUAGUAACCUGAGUACCUCUCUAGGAGCCUAUAGACAAACUCAUGUCUCUCAGACAGGGAUGCAGCAGCACUCCAUGGGCCAUAAUGCCACCGUAACCACCACCUAUCACAUGCCACACAGUGUUUCCCAGUUUUCACAUGGUGCAAUGGGUGGUUAUUGCAACGGAAGCAUUAGCAAUAUGGGAGAUAUCUCUACAUAUCAAGAUACCAUGAGGAAUAGUGCAGCAGCUACUGGAUGGUAUGGAGCCAACCCUGACCCCAGAUAUUCAACCAUUUCUAGAUUUAUGGGACCAUCUACUGGUAUGAACAUGGCCGGGAUGGGAACUUUACAAGGUAUAGCAGAAGCUGCCAAGUCAAUGGCUCCUCUUCAUGCAGCUCCUAGAAGGAAAAGAAGAGUCCUUUUCUCUCAGGCUCAAGUGUAUGAGCUGGAAAGGAGGUUCAAACAACAGAAGUAUCUCUCAGCACCUGAAAGAGAGCACCUGGCAAGCAUGAUCCACCUUACUCCUACUCAAGUAAAGAUCUGGUUCCAAAAUCACAGGUAUAAGAUGAAAAGACAAGCAAAAGACAAGGUCACACAACAACUUCAGCAAGAAAGUAACCUGUGCCAACAACAAUCACCUCGCCGAGUGGCAGUGCCCGUCCUUGUAAAAGAUGGCAAACCAUGUCAGAACAGUUCCAAUAGCUCAACAACAGGACAAGUAACACAGCAACAACAAAACUCCUCCAAUGGUGUAUUGUCUUCUAACAGCUCUGUACAUCAGCACCAGAAUCAACAGGUUAACUCUUUAAACCAAGCCCCAGAUUUAGAAGAAAUGUCACCUAGCCCACAAUCUCUCCAUAAUCAGGUGGCCAACAUAGCACAGAUGGACACCUCAAGUGUGGACUACAGCAAUGGCAUGGUCAAUCCUGGAAUGCUCUAUGGAAGAACUUGGUGAGGCUAAAGACCAGUGCAUUUGGAUUCACCUCCAGAGCUACUGACAGUCUUUCCAUUUGAAGUCUGCACCUUCAUGGAGACUGAAAAACUGGCAUGUAAUUUUUCCUCUGUAGACUGCAAAAACUGGCCAUAGGGCAGGAGGAAACUCCAUCCUGGAGCACAUCGUCAAACGCAGACUAUAGCGAUAUUUCGGUUAAACACAAAAAACUUUAAACAGGCAAAACAUUUCUUAAGAAAAGGUGAAACAAAGAACGUUUAUAUUUUUCUUACGGCGAGAAACUAAUAAUGUGACAAUAUUUGAUUGACGCAAAUUCUCAGUCUACAAGAGACUCAUUCAGCUCAAAACAGGACAGACUGACCAGGUUGUUACUGUGUGUUUAAUAAACUUUUCAAGGAUAGUAUUUUAUAGACAUCCUCUUUACAGUAUUUUAUAGAUUUUUUUAUUGUUCUUGUUUUCGGAUGUUGUGUACAAGGAAAAUAUACAAGUGUAAUAAUAUUUAUAGACAAUUAUGUAAAGUAGCUGCAUUGUAUUGCUGAGUAUUGUAUAUUUUAUUUUUUACAUAUUUUAGAAGUUUAAAUACUUAAUGUAAAACAAAGUGUCAAAUGAAAGUGUCAAAAUCCAAACACUGUCAAAGCGCUUUUUUUCUUGAUGAGCUAGAUUGAUUUAAUAUAUAUCAAUACCCAGCAAUUGUAUGACUGUAUUUUUAUAUACAAACAAUUGGUUAUGAUAUUUGGGGUCUUACUUAGAGCGCUCAUGAAUCAGUCCCGUAUUUAUUAUGAGUUCUGACACUUGUGUUGUUUUAAUGACUUCCUUUGGUUGUUUUGUAAAUGUUUAACAUGUUGUUACCAACAGGGAAAAUAAAACCUUAUUCAGACAAAGCUAAAAAAUAAUUUAAUAAAAAAAACACAACUAACUUCAAGCACGUCUGAUGAUUGUG